CUGCUCCCCCACGGCCCGCGGGGUCCAAGUUCCCCUUCUGCGUGGCCGCGGCUCCCUCUCCGUCACCCGCCGGCUUCCUGUUGGGGCUUCCUCGGGGCGUCUCCUGCCCUGGCAGAGGAACCUGCGCCCCGGGCUCUGCCCUGGCCGAGGCGGACAUGGGGCCCCUGCUGCUGCUGCUGCUGCUGCUGCCCCUGCUGUGGGGGGGGUCCCUGCAGCAGCAUCCAGGGUACGGCCUCCAAGUGCAGGAGUCAGUGACGGUGCAGGAGUGCCUGGGCGCCAACGUGUCCUGCUCCUUCUCCUUCCCGGGGAGCAAGUGGUCCGCCCCCUCCAUUUACUGGUUCCGCCAAGGGGACGAUGUAGACACCAGUGCUCCUGUGGCCACAAACGACCCGCAAAGACCAGUGAAGGCAGAGACCGAGGGCCGAUUCCACCUCCUCGGGAACCGCAGGGACGACUGCUCCCUGAGCAUCAGAGACGCCAGGAUGAGCGACUCGGGAACCUACUUCUUCCGAAUGGUCGCAGGUUAUCGUGAGAGAUACACUUACCGAAAUACGCUGAACUUGCAGGUGACAGCCCUGACAGAGAAACCCGACAUCCAGUUUCUGGAGCCUCUGGAGUCUGGCCGCCCCACGAGUCUGACCUGCAGCCUGCCAGUCGUCUGCGCUGGGGCAAGAUUUCUCUGGUUCUCCUGGGCGGGGGACGCCCUUGAUGCGGUGGACCCAGAGACGCUCCACAGCUCGGUGCUCACCCUCACGCCGAGGCCCCAGGACCAUGGCACCAACCUGACCUGUCAGGUGAAACUCCAAGGAGGUCAGGGGACCACGCUGGAGAGAACCGUCCAGCUCAAUGUCUCCUAUGCUCCGUCGAACCUCAGCAUCAGCGUCUCCCUCAGAAAUGUCACAGCCCUCAGGACUCUGCAAAACACCUCAGUCCUUCUCAUCUCAGAGGGCCAGGCUCUGCAGCUGCUCUGUGUUGCUGACAGCAACCCCCCUGCGCAGCUGAGCUGGUUCCGGGGGUCCCCAGCCCUGAACGCCACCCCCAUCUCCAGCACUGCCAUCCUGGAGCUGCCUGGUGUAGGGACAGCAGAAGAAGGAGAAUUCACCUGCCGAGCUCAGAACCCGCUGGACUCCCAGCAUCUCUCUCUGAGCCUCUCCGUGGUCUACCCCCCACAGCUGUUGGGACCCUCCUGCUCCUGGGAGGACCAGGGUCUGCACUGCAGCUGCUCCUCCCGAGCCCAGCCGGCCCCCUCCCUGCGCUGGUGGCUGGGGGAGGGGCUGCUGGAGGGGACCCUCAGCAACGCCUCCUACAUGGUCAACUCCAGCUCGGCUGGGCCCUGGGCCAACAGCUCCCUGAGGCUCACUGAGGGGCUCAGCUCCGGCUUCAGCCUCAGCUGUGAAGCCCUGAACGUCCACGGGGUUAAGAACGCCACCGUCCUGCUGCUGCCAGGAAAAUCAACAUUCCUGACAGGAGUGGCUCUUGGGGCUCUUGGAGGCGCUGGUGCCAUGGCCCUGCUGUCCCUAUGUCUGUGCCUUGUCUACUUUUGCAUUGUGCAUGCUGGCAGGAAGCAGGCAGCCAGGAGCCCAGAGAGCCCGGAUGAAGACCCCAUCAUGGGUACCGUUGGCUGGGGUUCCAGGCAAAAGUCCUGGCCAGACAGCCCCCCAGACCAGGCGCCAUCCCCUGUGGAGAAUGCCCCGCCCUCGGGGGAGCAGCAGGAACUCCAUUAUGCUUCGCUCAGCUUUCACGAUUUGAAGUCUCGAGAGCCUCAGGACCGGGAGGCCACCAGCAACACCGAGUACUCAGAGAUCAAAAUCAACAAAUGAGGACUCGCCCAGAGCUCGGUCCUGGCUGGAGGAAUCACAGCCUCUGCGGGGGAAAGGAGAAGUCAGGGGCUAGUUGACGAAACCUUUGUGGCAAUAUUAGCAUUAACUACUGUGGGAGUGUCCCCAGGUAGAGCAGAAAGAAGACAGGUGAUGGGAUUAGAGAGACCUGGGCUCAAAGGCAGGUUCCAACACUUCCUAAGGCAUUGUGAUCAGGCAAUUCACUUCAUCUCUCUGUGUCUCAGUUUUCCGUUCUGUAAAUCAGAGAUUAUGUGUCCUACCUCAAAGUUGGGUGAGCAUUAAAGAAAUGAACAUGUGAAAAUCAA